UAAUGUCACGGAUUGGCCAGGCUCUUCCACCAGCAUCACGCAACGAUCACCGUCACCUGAGUAUUAACCACGCACAGCUGCACCCAAUCACUUCCAUUCACUAUAUAAGCACACACCUCACUUCAGUCAGUGUCCGGUCUCGUUCCCACGAAGCGGACUCAUAGCGAGUACCUCCUGGUAGUCACUAUCACAUUGAUCUAAUCUCUUGAACUUACCUGCUCUCUGUUUUGUUCCAGUCUGUCCAGUGUUCCCGGUGUCCUAUCUGUAUUGAGUGUGUCUUCAGUCUGUCUUCCCCGCAAGCCCUCUGGUGUGUGCAUUCGGUCUCCCUCAGUGUCUGUCAUCCAUCCUGCUCCGAAGAAGGAAUAUCUGCUCAACCUUACAACAGUCACAUCCCCUUUGUUAUCCUUAUCUGCUCCUCUGCUGUAAUAAACAUCUUUCAUUAUAUACUCACCUAACUUGUCCGUCUGCUUCCAUAACAGUAUGACUACAAUGAGCUUUGAGGACUGCAUCUAUGCAUCUCUGCAAUGACUCAAAUAAGCAAAGAAAGCAUUCUUGCUGGACUCCCAGAGUUCAUCAAGAUUAUUUGGAUUUAUCUUACAGGCCUACUCCUUCAUCUUACCUCAAACAUGCUCAAUAAUGUUUAUGUCUGGUGACUGGCCAAUCCUGGAGCACCUUGACCUUAUGCAACCUGUUGCUUUUUAUUGUAUGUGAAACAACAGUUCAGACAUACUAAACCAUGACAGAACUGUUAUCUUUAAGUUAAUUAUUCUUAAAAUAGUUGCUUUCCUUUGGGAGUUACUUGCUUUUGAGAGUGCUUAUGUGUGACGUGUGUUACGUCUGUUAUGUGACGUGAUCUUUAAAUAGCUCAUGCUGCAGAAAAAUGUGAAGCAUGCAGUUAAGCCUAAAUUCAUCUUUGCCAAAGCAAAUUACAGAACACACUUUUUUUAGUCUGUGAUAUGUAAUCCUGUGUUACAAAAUGAUGUACAGUGUAUGUGACGUCACUUGAAAAAACACUGAGCUCUUUGUGUGAAUUUGUACUUUUGUAAUGGCAUGUCAAAUCCGCCCGUCAAUUUAGGCUAAUCUCUCAAUAUAAGCUUUUCUUUUUCAUAAAUCAGAAUUAGUUCCCCUGGCUUGUCCCAAAGUCUCCCACAGCAGAUAUAACAGUGGAGAUCUCAAUAAUGAAAGUAGUAUUUCAGCAACAGACUUCGACUGCAAAUAUGGCUGGUGUAAUGAAGACAUUUUACCACAUAGCGGCUUUCAGCUGGUAUGCCUUUAUAAUUCAGUGUAUUUAUGCAAAAGAUGUUUCAGAUCUGCCGCCUGGGAUUUUUGUUUAUGGUGGACCCUGGAAAUACCUCACAUUUUUAAACCUGGUCUUACAGAUGGUGUUUUUUGGACUGGCGUCUGUGAAUGACCUUCAGCCUGUGGGGAAAGGCUCAAAGAUGUCUCUUCUCUGCCUCUCCAAGGACUUGCUGUUUUCCGUCUUUGUGUUUCCAGUGGGAAUGUUUGUAGUGCUGCUGUUUUGGCUGAUUUUCGCCUAUGACCGACAGCUGGUCUAUCCCGCUUCAAUAGACAACUUCUUCCCUCCAUGGCUGAAUCAUGCUAUGCACACACUUGUUCUGCCAAUCUUGUUUGGUGAGCUCCUGCUGGAGCCUCAUGUCUUCCCCAAAACUAAAAAUGGUUUAGCGGCUUUAGGAGUGGUUGGUCUCGCUUAUUUAGGAUGGGUGAUCUGGGUGUAUUGUACAGUGGGAAUCUGGGUUUAUCCUUUACUGGGGCUCUUCAGCCACUCAGGAUUGGCCAUCUUCUUCUUCCAUAACAUGCUUGUUGUAACACUGCUGUUUUUACUGGGACAAGCCUUGAACUAUAAAAUUUGGGGGAAAAAACAUCUGAAAUGUCCAAGCUCACGAUGAGUCAGACGGAAGUGCUUUAGAGAUCAAACUUGACAUGUGUUUUACUGUAAAUAUCUUCAGGUGCAUGUCUGAUGUGAAUAUCUGAUGUGAACCAGUUACUGGUGAUCUGAAAAUGCAUCUAUACACUGUUAAGAAUGCUGGGCUACACACAAUCGAUUAGUGAAAACAACAUGAAGGAAUUAUGUUAGCUCAUGAAUUUUUAUUAAUUUAAGUGGAUUGAACAUAAAGCAGUUACGUUGUCCCAAAAAAAAGCUCAAGAAUUGUGUUGUUUCAGCUCAUUUUAAAUAAGUAGUUUGGUCACACUUUAUUUUGAUGGUCCGUUUGUAGAAUUUAAGUUACAUUGCAUCUACAUGCCAACUAAUUCUCAUUAGAUUAUAGGUAGACUGUUAGGUUGGGGUUGGAGUUAGGGUUUAGAGUUAGUGUUAGUGUAAGUUAACAUGUACUUGCAAAGUCUCUUAUAGUCAGUUAAAUGUCUGUUGAAGGAGCAGAAUCAACAGAUAUUAAGCAGACAGUCUACUUAUACUCAAAUGAACCAUCAAAAUAAAGUGUUACCGUAGUUUGAACAAACAGCAAAUCUAAUUUUUUGAAAUCACAUUUAUAUGAUCUGAAUAAUAUAUAUACAUAUUAUUUAUACACCUUUUUGUAUAUUAUUUUCAGAAACCAUUCCACUUCUGCUAAUAUAAAUCUACAUUGUGCAUCUUUACAACUGAUAAUGAAACUGAUGUUCUCUAACAUUUAUUGAACUUGUUUAAUACCAUCAAAAGGUGUUAUCUUUUUAUCUCUUUCAUAUUUUUCUGACUAUAAUAAUGUCUAUCAUACAUUUUUUACCAUGAUUUACAGAAGACACACACUUAAAAGUGAUUUAUUAUAACACUAUUGUUAUAUUUGUUAUAUUGUUAACCCCCAAAGGUUGUUGACAUUAAAAUACCCCCAUAUUACUGAUUACUUGCCAUUUUACAUUUUUCAUACUUUACCAAUAUCCUUCAGACCACAAGGUUUUACCAUUUGCCACACUGUAAACAUUUUAAGCCAGUACAAAAACAACAACAACAAAACAUAUCCUAUAUUUCCUUUUGCUUUUUCUUGUUCACUCAGCUUUUGAAAACAUCAGCUGCACUGACCUAAAAUUAUUAGUCAGUAAUACAAAAUUUUUUUAGUUGGGUUAACAUAAGAUUUUUCGUUUUCUGGAGAGAUGAACUACUCUGUAACAAAACUUUUUAAGCUGAACAUUUUUUUGUCUGCAGAACUGGAAUGCCUGAAGUUAAGUGAACAAAAAAAAACAUAAUCCUUAUUUCCUUUUGUUUUUUCUUGUGUACUCAACUUUUGAAAACAUCAGUUGCACUGACCUAAAUUGUCUGAAGCUGAAUGAUUAUACGAAAUAAUGUUAUGAGAACAAACAAACAUAGUUUACUUGAAAAAAAAUUAAAAAUGAAACAGAGAAAAAUGCUAACAAAACAUUUAUUAGACAGAAUUAUAAACAGGACAGCAGGCAAAACAACAAGGAUCAAAACAUGGCAGGACAAACGGGAAAAUGCUUUGUAAUGCUUCACAGGGGAAAACAAGACUCAGCAACGAGUCUGUGUAAAUGAGCUGUUUAAAAAAACAAGUCAUUUCAAUUUUUUUUUAAGUUGGAUUUUUAACAGUUCAGAAAGUAGUGUUUAACAUUUUGUAUCAUCACUUAUUCUUU